GCGGAAGGUGAAGAGAGUCCCGAUAGAGGGCAACACCAUAGUGGCUUUUCUCGCCGGUUGUAUUUUAGUGCCUUGCCUAGUGCCCCGCCGCAGCUGCCGCGCCAGGUCUGUUCCACUCACACUAUUUGCAGACUUGGUGACUGUGUAGUGCGCGUACCUGAAGGCACAAGACAGGUGUUCCCAGGUGUCGGGGGUGGGCGGGGACAGCAACAUGGGGUACGGGGCUCCUGCAGGACACGCUCACUCUUGCACGUAAGCCGAAGCACACUCGCGGCACCACUGAAGGGCCUGUUAACACCUUCCAUCCUUGAGCGAUGUCGAGGGAGGGGGGAGCGGCAGGAGCCUGCCGGCGCGAUGGAGGCAACAGCAGUAGUGUGGCCGCCCAGUCUUUCCCACCGCAGUUUUAUCCUGUGGCUGGAUACCAAGGAAACUCUCAUACCUGGUUUGUGCCACACCCCUCCUCAGGAGUCCCCGGUCAAUGGAGCCCCUCGUGGCAUCCUCCCAUGGGCUACCCGACGCCCACCCCGCCCUGGUCGGGCCAGCAGACCCCCUCCACCACCAGCGCCACCACCACCGUGACUCCAGCUUCCGAUGAGUACACCGUUGACACCCUUAGGAGAAUCUACAAAGACGAUGACGGGCGAGUGGAGAUUCAGAGAGUCAAGGUGCAGCGACGCCAGCCCGAGAAUGGCGCUGUCUCCCUCACGGGGCCUGGAGCCAUGAGCGUGGUCCCCGUGGGCGCCAUCUCCAGGAAUGACCGACGUCCACCGCCAAGAAAACAUCGCAGAAAGCAAGAUAUACCUAUGGCAGCCAUGGGUCCAAUGGGACCCUACCCUUGGUAUCCCUAUAUGUCUUACAUGCCUUAUCCUUACCCUUACCCUUACUAUUUUGGGGGGUGCAUGUGGCCAUCCGGUGCGCCUACCGGCUCUAUUUCCACCUGGAGCGGCAAUGAGGACAGCGAAGCAGUAUCUUCCCACCAAGACUCAGCUUUAAAUUCACAGCGUCUUGAGUCUCGCGUCUCACACCUCUCCGGGGACUCGCUGCCCUCAGCACUGCACCGCGCCUCUUCUCCGGCUGCUGCCUCGCAUAUCACUGAAAGCCACAGCAUAGCACCUUCAGACAGUGUUUCAGUUCGUGGCCGUAAGAGAGAAACUUCACUGGAGCGCGCACUGCUGGGCCCGACACCUCCGCCGCGCACCAAAAGUCGUGCGUCUUCGUCGCUGGAUUGUAAAUCAGAUCACGUUGGCAAAACUCAGGAGUGGAUGUUGGAGAUGCAGCGUGCACUGAGAACUGGAAGCGAUGUGGCUGUGAAGGCCGAUGACAACAGUGCGCUGAAGAGCGAUCAGAAUGAGGUUUAUAGAAAAAUUCCUCCAGUAAGAAAGCGAAGAAAAAUUAAAGCAGCUGACAUGAGUGACCAAUCCUCCAUGACUGGGCUAAAGGAAGUUGAUGAUGUUAGUGAACAACAAAGUGUUAUUUCUGAGGCGACGUUUGACGACUCUUCAAGAUUAAGUUCAGAACUCAAUUACGCUUUCAGGAAGUUAGAGAGGUCAGUUGACGCUUUUAGAACUGAAAUUGCCGCUGAUUCCUCUCCCGUUCACAGCUUCGCCCCGUCACCGUCUGUGGAUAUUUCUCACUCCAGUGGUGCAGCGACGCCCACUGAGGCCAACAUUACGCCACUGCCCCUUUCUGACAUAUGCGGCCUUGCCAGAAGAGCCAAGGAAGAGGAAAUGAUGAAACGUGAAAAAUAUGAACGCCCAAGAGCCACAUCAGAGUCUGUUUGCUCCCUUCCUUCUCUGGAGACGGCGAGAGUCGGAUCGGCACCUGACGUCUCCCUUCGUUCAAAAACAACAGUCAUUUCGUCAUCGCAGCUUACUACACCCACAGAAACCAGAACCACGACACUCACUCCUACAAAUACAUGCCCCUCCCCAGGUCCACAGACAUCCACCGCCUCCACAGCUCAUGUUAUAACAUCUUCAACAGAAACAGGGUCAGUAAAACCACAGGAACUUACUUCAAAAACCGAAGGUUCCAAAGAAGUCCCAGUUAAGUUAUCAACUUCCAUAGAAACGGCACAAACUUCUGACACUGAUGCAAGUCCUUUGUCCAAAUCUCCUCCGCCUCCUGCGUCCCAGCCUUCCUCGCCGCCUCAUUCUCAUCAAGCAGAAGAAACUAAAGAACAAAGCCACAAGACAACAGAAGAAACAGAAACCGGAAUACCAAAAGAAGCAGCAGAAAUUGAUAGUCCACCAGCUUUGGAGACAAUCGGCCCGCCGUCCUUCAAAUCAACAAACGUCUCCGCCACAGGUACACCUGCAGCCACUGGCUUUGAGGGAGUCGGUGGAGCCAGCGGGCGCAUCUCCCAGGCCAGCAGCGCCACCACAUUCUUCUCUGUACGAACCGCAGACGACUCACACGCUCUCGAUACCGACUCCACCGACAUUCCGAUGCCCACCACUGACUCAGCAGAUGAGAAUGAAGAAUCACCGGGAAGUGCCGGACCCGAGGAAGACCAGCAGUUGUGGGUGCUGCAGCGACCUGAGGAAGCACCCACACUCAACACCACUGGUCAAGAUGAACAUCGCAAUGCCUGGCGUGCUGAAGUGAGCCUGUGGCGGGCGAGUCUGGUGGUGUCCCUGUGCCGUGGGCGAGGCUUGGACCGCCAGGACUGGACCACCUUUCACCUGAUGGUGCACCACCCGCUCACCAUGGACCUCAAGCUGUCACUGCUGCAUGCCCCGCGCCUGUGUGCCGCCAACAGCAGCGUGGGACCCGCCGUGCUGCGAGUGGCGCUGAUCCAACUGGCGCAAUACGGCGAGGUUCUGCUACAACCUGAGGCUUCGCGCCAGCCUGGGUGGCGCUGCAUCAGGCUGGACGGCGGGCAGGCCUGGGCACCCCUUAAGGGAGCUGCAGAGAUAUUGCACAGCCUGGGAUAUCAGGAACGAAGAAGUGGCAUGGAGCUGAGGUACAGGCAGCGCUGCAGUCCAGAGGCAUCGGUGGUGGCUCGCCUCACCCUCGACAUGCUGGUGCUGGCAGAGGAGUUCCGCCUCUUCCUCACCGGGACUCACCAGUACCCGACCAACGUGUCCAGCUUAUUCUUCCCUGAAUCACUGAAUACAGGCGUCAUAUCAGAUCUGCCUCAGCGGCCUCUCUCGUCGGAAGGCAGCUUCGUUUCAGCCCAGUCUGAAGCCGUCAUCGCUGCCAGGCCUCAAAGUGAAGCAUCCUCUGUCACCGACGACGACACAGAAACCUUGCAGACAUGUACCAUUCAGACUGCCCAAUCAAAAUUAACCAGAAACAAAUCUACGUCAGAGGAAGACGUUACUUUAAGGGAGGAGGACAAUAAAAUCGUAGCAGUAGAGAAAGACACUGCCUCAGCGGAGAAAGAGGAACGUAAAACAGAAACCACCGCACCACCAUCCACAGAAACUAACACAAAGACUUCACUUGAGACACAAGAGCCUCCCGCAACAGUUGACCCAGUACCCAUAAUUCCUGAUGAAACCACAGCACCCGACACGCAAGCCGCGCAAUCCACCACGAGAACGUCAGAAGCAUCAACAGUCAACGAAACUGUCACUCCCACUACUACACCAGCCGAGCCAUCAGCGGUUGAUUCAUCCUGUAAGGCAGAUAAAGCCAGUCCUGUUAGCGCGUCAGCCACCACUAGUGACACCACCAACGACAACCCUGAGGAACACGUGUAUGAAGAAAUCGACGUGAUACGCGCACAGGUUCAGUCUCUCAGGGCGUCCAGUGUGCCAACAGAGUCAGUUCCGCCGCCGCUUCCACCAAAGAAGAAAAUCAACGCUGGAGGUGAAGACGAGUCACAACUGAGCCUGACCUACCCGCACGUGGACCGUUCAUCAGCUUCCACGCCGGCGUCCCUGCGCGGCGGAUCGACGGGCGCCAGAAGGAAAAAGCGUCGUGCUCCCAUGCCACCGGAAUUCUUGCCGCCAAACUGGAGGGAAAACCAAGAGACACCAAAACAGCAAGACCUUGAAGUAAAAGACAAGAAACAAGAAUCCACAGAACCCAGCACCACAAAAAAGGUUGAGUACAGGAGGUCAUUGAAUCCUUUCUACGAGGAGCUUGAUUGCGUAGAAGACGGUGUGAAGGAAACUGACAAUAACAAGGACGCUGAUCAGGAGGAUGUAUUAGAUAACAGCGAAGAUAAGGGUAACCCAUUCCUGGAAAAGAAGGUAAAAGUUAAAGGUUAUAUCGGAAAGAAUCCAUUUUAUGAGGAUGUUGAAAUAUUGAAGAAAAGUGACGAAUAUAAGGAAUUAAAAGAAAACCAACCCUCUCUUGCGGCUCCUGAGUCAACUUCAGCCCCGGGCAGCACCUCAGAACAUCAUGAACCUCCAAUACGGAAACGUCGAGCCCCGCAUCCUCCACCCACCACUCAGACACAUGACGCAAGCACCGCAAGCCGUCCAGAAGACUCAGCACAUGAUGACAAUCUAGUGGCAGCCAGCCCGCCCCAAGCAGCUGAAAGGAGUGAUGACGCUGACCAGGCUUGUAAACAAACAUCACAAAGUAGUCCUGAUAAAAGUAACAUCGAAUCGUCUUUGUUGGCGUCUUCAAACUCCACAAAGACAAACUCUGAGACCAAGACGGAUCCAGAACCUGAAACAAAAGCUGCACUGAACAAAGAUGCAAACCCAGUCACAGCGGAGAACAAGUCACCAGCUCCACCCCUGCCAGAAGACGGCCCACUGGAUCUCCCAUUGGAGGCUGCAGUUCCCACGACUCCCAAGCAAAGCCGAGCAACCCGUGCACCACUCCCUCAUCCCAAAGUUCCGCCGCCUCCGCUGCCACCUUUACCUAAGAUACCAACCAGUAGUUCCUCCAAAGAAGAAUCUCCGCCCCCCAUCCCUCCACCCAAGGCCCCUCUCUCCCUUCUUGACGAAAUCCCGUACAUGGACGCCAACGAGAUCAAAGAAGCUCGAGAACAAACACAGUCAUCGGACUCUCAUCUCCAUGACAUUGCUGGUGGUGGUUCCCCGGCGGCAAUGGUAAAGUUCAGUCACACGCUGCCUCGACAGUCAUCUCUGGCACGUGUGAAUGAAACGGAUCUUCCCCCUCUCGGUCUCCCUCCGCCGCCACCCUGCCCGCCACCGGAAUCUCCUCCUGAAACUCCUCACACCUCACCGCCGGAAUCUCCUCACGCCUCUCUUCCAGAGACCCCUCACGUUUCACCACCAGAGACUCCUCACACCUCUCCACCUGAAACCCCCCACGCUUCCCCUCCUGUAACUCCCUGUCCGUUCCCAGAGAACACUCCUCUCCCUCCUUCUCGCCACAAGCCACAAAACUCAUCAGUCACGACAGAAAAAGGACAACAACACGAAAAGGCAGACGCUGUUACAAAGGCCGAGGAUGAAGCUCCACCAGUUCCACCCAAGCCUUUCCAGCUGGAGAUAGCGAAUGGAGAGGCUCCCUGCUUGCCACCACGAUCGCCUAUCAUCCCUCCCAAGGCCAUCCAGCAGGGAGAUACACAACAUCCGCCACGUUCACCAAAGGCUUCCCACACCAGUCAUACCCCAGUCACAGGAACGGUAAGCUCGACGUCAGAGGAGAGAUAUGAAAUCCCCGACACAUCCCGGGCUCCUCCUCCUCGUCCCCCGAUUCCGAUACCCUCAAAGAUGCAACAACAGCAACAGCAGCAGCAGCAAGAGCAACAACAACAACAGCAGCAACAGCAGCAGGAGCAAGCCAACGGAAAAGCAUCCAUCCAACCCACAGAAGAGGAACGAUAUGAAGUCCCGGAAGUUCCGAAACAUCCCAUUACUGUAGUUUCGAAGGGAAGCGUUGAAGUUGUGAAGGCACCAGAAGCUGAGGAAAGAUACGAGAUUCCUGAGGUGGUGAAGGACCAACCCGUGAAGCGCGGGGUAAAUGGUGCGACUUCAGUCUCGGGGAAAUCCUCUUGCAUCCUUCUCUGACACCCUCCCUGUUAACGUAUGCACAGCAGGGCUUGGCCACACCUCAUCAGCCAGGAAAGGAGAGAUAGCAGCCAUCUUCGGCCCUCCAAAGCCUCCUCGCAGACGCAGAAACAACCACUCUCCUCCGCCGAGGCCACCCAAGAGCUGCAGCUUAGAUGGCACCAAGCCCGACGGGUUGAAUGAAGCAUCUCUUGGAUCAACCUCCACCACCUCCUCCUACACGUCCUCCUCCUCAGAGCAUCCACCGCCCUCUCUACACCACAAAAGCAACACGAAACACCGUUCAUGGCCUUUCUUAUUGUGUAACUGUCUCUAUGUCAACUGCCGUACCUACGAAGACGCUGACAAGUGAGGUCACACUAUUAAUCUGCAGUCUUUUAUGUGAAUAAUCAUAAUAUUGUAUUAUAAUUGGGAUAUUUAUUUAAGUAGCUAAUUAGUCAUUCACUUUAUAUUCAGAAGCGUGAGUUUUGUAAUGAGAUUAAUGUGAGCUCAAACUACACGAAUGGUCUGUCAUAGUGUGAAAGACGUGUCGUGUGUCCCAGAAUGCUGACCUCAUCAACCACCACCAAUCAUGUAUGACAGGUCACCUCACCACCUUGUCAGAGGGAGGAAGCAGAUGUGUCCUGCUGCCUUAGUGUUUCAAGCGCUCUAUAGCCGAGGAUUUUUCUUUUCUUUCUCUUCUUCAUGUACCGAGUAACGUGUAGUGUAUCUCAUCUCCUAUGUCGUCCAUCUUGCAGUGUAUAUGUGCAUCAAUCAGAUAUCAAUUGGCAGAAUGUAUAUUUUCCUGACUUCGGAAGGAAUCCUCCAAUAAAAGCUACAGGUAUU